GCCGCUACCGCAGCCAUGGGAGUGCAGGUGAAGACCGUCUCUCCCGGAGACGGGCGCACCUUCCCAAAGCCUGGCCAGACCUGCGUGGUGCACUACACGGGGAUGCUUGAAGAUGGAAAGAAAUUCGAUUCCUCCCGGGACAGAAACAAGCCCUUUAAGUUUGUGCUGGGCAAGCAGGAGGUGAUCCGAGGCUGGGAAGAAUGGGUUGCCCAGAUGAGCGUGGGUCAGAGAACCAAGCUGACUAUCUCCCCAGACUAUGCCUAUGGUGCCACUGGGCACCCAGGCAUCAUCCCACCAAAUGCCACUCUCAUCUUUGACGUGGAACUUCUAAAACUGGAAUGACAGGAGUGGCCUCCUCCCUGAGCUCCCCGUUCUUGGAUGUGUCACAGAAGGAUCUGGUGCCUCCAGACGCACACAGUGAGUCCAUAUGGAGCUCUUCCUGAUGUUCCACUACACUCUUUGUGUAAACAUCUUCCCAGACUGAAUGUAUUCUGCCACCUGCUUUGCUCUUCCCCUUUCUCCUCGUAUGUGUGUUGACCUGAACUAUAUGCC